GCUUAAAAGCUAGCUCAAGACAUGCAUUGAACUUCUUUGCUUUCUCUCUUUGAAAUUCUGAAAUGGCGCCCACCACUUCUGGCUACGCAGUCCAAGGGACCACUUUCUACCUACUCAUCUAAUGAAUAUGCAGACUGGCUGUGCCCUCAUUCAGGGCCCCGGAGCGAGCGAGUUACUUCGCGACCCCCACCGCCCGCCCCAGGGUGGAGCAAGAAACUUUUUGCAAUCUUGGGACGGGACUGCGGCUGCCCCCUCCUUCCCCGGCACAGAGUCGGCGCCCGAACAGGGGUCCCCGUGGCCCUUUCUCCUUCUGCAGCGCUCUACCCGAAGGGUGGCUGAAGAAACUUAGCCUCGCGACGUGAACGCGGGCUGGCGAUGGACAAGGCUAAGCUCUCAGGCGGCUCCCAGACAGGUGGACUGAGGCUGGGCGCUCUGCGCGGGGCUCUGCCGGUGGGCUGGCCCAGUCUCUCUCCUCUGCUGGAUGCCUAGACGGUGCGGAGACUGCAGAUCCAUUUCCCUGGCAGCAAGCCUGGACCUGGACGCGCGGGUCGUCGCCGUGACAGGCGGGCGCUGCCUUCUUUCCUUUGGGGAACUCUUGAAGAUGACUUCUACAUGAUCUGCUAGUGAUACUGAAGAAGCAAGGAAUUGCUGGAUUAGAUCAAUUGCAAUGGAGAAGUCCACUGAAGAGACAUCAGAGCUAUCAUUAUUGUCCUGUGGUUUAUUGGACUUCAAGCCUGCCCAUCACAGCCAUAGUGUAUGGUGUUUCAAACAGAAAAAAUAUGUCAAAUUGUAUUAGGCUUAUGUUGCUUCUUAGUCACCUGAUCUGAAAUUUGCAACGUAAUUCCUUUUGUAUAAAGGAGGAAUGAUGACUUUUUAUAGUUUCUGUUUGAUCCUCUUUGCAUUUACUUGGAGUAGUUCUGCCUAUGGACCAAAUCAAAGGGCACAGAAGAAAGGAGACAUUAUUCUUGGAGGAUUGUUUCCCAUUCAUUUUGGAGUGGCUGCUAAACACCAGGAUCUGAAAUCUAGGCCAGAAUCAGUAGAAUGCAUAAGGUAUAAUUUCCGGGGUUUUCGCUGGUUGCAGGCAAUGAUCUUUGCCAUUGAAGAGAUUAAUAACAGCCCAACUCUUCUUCCCAAUAUGACUCUUGGAUACAGCAGUUUUGACACCUGCAACACAGUGUCUAAAGCUCUGGAAGCCACACUGAGUUUUGUAGCCCAAAACAAGAUUGACUCUCUGAAUCUGGAUGAGUUUUGCAAUUGCUCAGAUCAUAUUCCCUCAACAAUUGCAGUGGUGGGAGCAACAGGCUCUGGGAUUUCCACAGCAGUUGCCAAUCUUCUGGGUCUCUUUUAUAUACCUCAGGUUAGUUAUGCUUCAUCCAGUCGGCUCUUGAGCAACAGGAACGAGUACAAAUCUUUCUUGCGCACGAUACCUAAUGAUGAGCACCAGGCCACUGCUAUGGCUGACAUUGUAGAGUACUUCCGAUGGAAUUGGGUGGGUACCAUUGCAGCAGAUGACAAUUAUGGCCGGCCAGGUAUUGAAAAGUUCAGGGAAGAAACAGAGGAGAGAAACAUCUGCAUUGACUUCAGUGAACUCAUUGCCCAGUACUUGCCUAAGGAUCAGAUCCAACAGGUGGUAAAAGUCAUCCAGAAUUCCACUGCCAAGGUGAUUGUUGUGUUUUCCAGUGCACCUGACCUAGAACCAUUGAUCAAAGAGAUUGUCACACGGAACAUCACUGGCAGGAUUUGGCUGGCAAGUGAAGCCUGGGCCAGCUCAUCAUUGAUAGCUAUGCCACAAUUCUUUCAUGUCAUGGGGGGCACCAUUGGAUUUGCUCUUAAAGCAGGACAGAUUCCUGGCUUUCGUAACUUUCUGCAGAAGGUAAACCCUAAGAAGUCUGCUAAUAAUGGAUUUAUCAAAGAGUUUUGGGAGGAAACGUUUAAUUGCUACUUACCAGAAGGAAACAAAAAUUUCCCAAAUUUUUUCCACAAAGGCCCUGAACAAGGCACUAGAGCUGGAAAUGAUACAGGUUCAUUCCGUCCCCCAUGUACAGGACAGGAGAACAUCACUAGUGUGGAAACACCAUACAUGGAUUAUACCCACCUGCGGAUAUCUUAUAAUGUAUACUUGGCAGUAUAUUCCAUUGCUCAUGCUUUGCAGGAUAUAUACACUUGCACUCCUGGGAAAGGGCUAUUUGCCAAUGGGUCAUGUGCAGAUAUCAAGAAAGUUGAGGCGUGGCAGGUACUGAAGCAUCUGCGACACUUGAACUUCACUAAUAAUAUGGGGGAGCAAGUGGAUUUUGAUGAGUCAGGAGGCCUAAUAGGAAAUUAUUCAAUUAUCAAUUGGCAUCUGUCCCCAGAAGAUGGCUCCAUUGUAUUUGAAGAGGUUGGACACUAUAAUGUUUAUGCCAAAAAAGGAGAAAGGUUAUUUAUCAAUGAAAAUAAGAUCUUAUGGAGUGGAUUUUCCAAAGAGGUACCAUUCUCGAACUGCAGUAGAGACUGCCUUCCAGGUACAAGGAAAGGUAUCAUUGAGGGGGAGCCCACCUGCUGCUUUGAAUGUGUUGAAUGCACAGAUGGAGAGAUCAGUGAUGAAACAGAUGCCAGUGCUUGUGAGAAGUGUGCUGAAAACUUCUGGUCCAAUGAAAACCAUACCUUCUGCAUUCCCAAGCAAAUAGAAUUUUUGUCCUGGACAGAACCAUUUGGAAUUGCUCUCACUCUUUUUGCUGUACUAGGUGUCUUCUUAACCUCAUUUGUCCUGGGAGUCUUUACCAGAUUUCGCAACACGCCCAUUGUCAAGGCCACAAACCGGGAGCUCUCUUAUCUCCUCCUGUUUUCCUUGCUCUGUUGCUUUUCUAGCUCUCUUUUCUUCAUUGGUGAGCCUCAAGAUUGGAAUUGCCGCUUACGACAACCAGCCUUUGGCAUCAGCUUUGUGCUCUGCAUCUCCUGCAUUCUGGUAAAGACCAAUCGUGUCCUUCUGGUCUUUGAGGCUAAGAUACCAACAAGCCUCCAUCGCAAGUGGUGGGGACUUAACCUUCAGUUCCUCUUGGUCUUCUUAUGCACAUUUGUGCAAAUUGUCAUCUGCGUCAUCUGGCUUUAUACAGCUCCCCCUUCUAGCUUCCGUAAUCAUGAAAUGGAGGAUGAAAUCAUCUUUAUCACUUGUAAUGAGGGCUCCUUGAUGGCACUGGGCUUCCUAAUUGGUUACACUUGUCUGCUGGCCGCUAUCUGCUUCUUCUUUGCUUUCAAAUCCCGCAAACUACCAGAGAACUUCAAUGAAGCCAAAUUUAUUACCUUCAGUAUGUUGAUUUUUUUCAUUGUUUGGAUCUCUUUUAUACCAGCCUACGCCAGCACCUAUGGCAAAUUUGUCUCAGCAGUGGAGGUGAUUGCCAUUCUGGCAGCCAGCUUUGGGCUUUUAGCAUGCAUCUUCUUCAACAAGGUCUACAUUAUCCUCUUUAAGCCAUCCCGCAACACCAUUGAGGAAGUACGCUGCAGCACGGCUGCUCAUGCUUUCAAAGUGGCAGCCAGAGCUACACUGCGACGGAGCAAUGUGUCCCGCAAGAGGUCCAAUAGCCUGGGGGGCUCCACAGGCUCUACCCCAUCUUCAUCCAUUAGCAGCAAAAGCAACCAGGAAGAGCCCUUUUCAAUACCAACGUCUGCAGAACCACAGCAAAAACAUGGGUGCAAGCAGAAGGUGAGUUUUGGUGGUGGAACUGUCACCUUGUCACUAAGCUUUGAGGAGCACCAGAAAAACGCUGUAGCUAAUAAAAAUGCAAAGCACAGAAACUCCUUGGAAACCCGCAAUAGUGAUGAUAGUCUCACGCGGCACAAAGCCCUGCUUCCUCUGCAUGGCAAUGAAUCACUAGAGCCCAAAUUCCAGACACCCUCAAAUCAAGAAUCCAGCAUACCAGAAUCAGUAGUGGGAGAAACCAAGCAAGGAGAACAUGUAGAAGGACAACCUUCUUUGUCAGCUGCAUACCUGCGGGAUUUAGUAGGCAGUGGCUUCAUCAAAGAGAACGCCAUCCAUUCAUAAUCAAAAGAAAAGGAACCAAUUAUUGAGCAACUUUCUCCUGGAUGGAGAGAGGAAUUGAAUACACCUCUAAUUCCUCUUACUGUUAGAAUCAGCAGGUUAUAUCCAUUUUCAAAGGAAAGCUGAGUGAAACAGUUCCUUAGCAUGCCUUUAGCUGUCCUUUUAGUGCAACCAUCCAUGGUUGUGGAAGAUACAAGAAAGAAAACUUUGGAGAGGCAAGAAGGUAUCUUUCCCAGCUGUGCUGUAGAAGAACUUUUUUCUUAUUCUCCUUUCCACCACUGCAGUUGUGAGCAUGUCUGAGGUUCCAUUAACAUGCUCUGCUUUUACAUCAAAGUAUAUUAUCCCCUUUUCUUCCUUGUGUAUAUUAAUUCCCCUUUAUAUGUAAAACUGCUUAGCAACUUUACAACAAGAUGAAACUUGGCUGCUUUACAUAAAACAAGUCACGCAGUUUGCUUUAGAAAAUAUUCUCCAGCAUGCUAAAUAAUGUUCAGCCAGUGGCUUGAACUUGUAAAGUAUUUAAAAUUAUAGACAGUGAUAUUUUUACACAUGAAGGCAAGGCAGAUCUUUCCUAUCUAAGCCAGUGUUUCCCAAACUUGACAAUUUUAAGGCAUGAGGACUUCAACUCCCAGAAUUCUGGGAGUUGAAGUCCACAUGCCUUAAAAUUGUCAAGUUUGGGAAACACUGAUCUAAGACAUAGAAUUCUGUGGUCUUCAGAGACAUCACCAUCUUUCCAGUGCUGCUGCCCGGAGACUGACAUGGGGAGAGGGGCAGAUUUAACUCACCUUGAAGGCAGAGAAAGCGAAGAGAAGCUAUAGGGCAGCGUUUCUCAACCUUGGCAAUUUUAAGAUGUUCAGGUUUCAAUUCCUAGAAUAUCCCAGCCAGUUGAAGUUCACAUGUCUUAAAGAAAUACGGUAUAUAUUGAGAAACACUGUUAUAAAGAAAAUACAGAAAUACAAAGAGCUCAGUGAAAAUGUGUCCUUUACCCUAGCAGGCCUUUUGUGCAUCAAAGAGCUUCAAAUGGAGAAAAGCAGAUGUAAGAAGUUGUGUGUCCCACAAAUUAAAAACAAAACAAAAGUUUAGGAAAUAAGAACAUAGCACACAGCAGCACAACAAGGAAAAUUGUAGAGAUAACCAGGUUCUAUUAUGAACCUCGUUAUAGAACCAGCUUAAAUUAUGAAUCUGGUUAUAGAACCAGCUUUAAUUAUGAACCUGGUUAUAGAACCAGCUUUAAUUAUGAAAAGCUAUUAAUAAAGUUAGUUAAAUAUAAUGUAGUCAUAUUUCAAAGCAUGUGUCAAUUGAAUCAUACUUCAGUAGAAAAAUGUGCAGAUAGUUUAAUCUUGUUCUGUGACUUUAGAAAUGUUUUAAUGGGCAAAUAAAUGGCAGGUAUAGUUAAAUGUUAUGUUUUGCCACAUGUGGAAUGAAUGUCAGAGCUUGGACACUCUAAUGUCUGCAAUUCCUACAUUUUAAAAUGUGUUUUACAGACAGAAGUUGUCAAGCUGAGUUCGAUAAGUUCCUAUUCAUGCAGAAAGAACUGAGAAAGAAGCCAGUCUGAUUGUAAUGAAUUCUGAUUGAAUCUUCUUGCUGUACCUGUAUUUGCAUAGCAUGAGAGGGACCCCUCUUUUUCCAAAAGAUCUACACAUGAAUCACUACAUAUCUUUCCCCCACACAAGAAAUAUUUAUAUUUAUCCAUAUAAAUAAAGCAACAUUGUGUGCCCAUUGACAAAUGCAAUGGAAAACUUCAUUUGAGUUGUGAGAGCAUAUUGAACAGUGGCAGUAAGCUAAAGUAGGCAUGCACCAAGAUCUGGGCUGCAGGUACAUGGACUGCUGCUAGCUGGCAUCAAAGAGAUUCAGAGAAUUAACUUCUUUGCUGUUGACUAGGGGCAUCUGGAUGGUUGAAACCAGGUGUGGUAUGUUACUCUAUGCCAAGCCCAAACCAAUCGUAUUAUAGCUUAGUAUGAUGUGCAGAUUCUGCCCAAUUGUACUAUAUUUAAUUAGCCCUGGUGAAUCAAAUCAUGGGCCAAUGCAAUAUGCAGCCUUAUUAGCCUGCUCAUCAUAGACUGCAGACAGUUGCUAAAGAGAAUCAAUUGUUUGAGAGGAAAUGUAGAUACUUCUCUGUUUUUAAUGCCUUUUUAUGGAGUGCUUUGGAAUUAACUAUCCAUUUAUUCAGGGAUGAAUGGAAGGUAAUUUAGGAUCUACUGAACUGUGGGUGAUUUGUAGUGGAUUGGCAGGGAUUUUGGCUUCCAUUCAUUGAACAAGAUUUACCAGAGAAUGACUGUCCCUUUCCAAAAAAUGAGAGAGAUAAAGUGAAACCACUUGGACAAACCAUAAAAGGAUUUUUGCAUGGACUAUAGAUGAGCUCUCACUCAAUUCUGGUACUCCAAACAAAUCUCUGUGCUCGCUCAGCAGCUGCUUAGAUGUGCCACGUUUAUGUGUUUAUACACAUGCACAAAAAAAAGAAAAAACAUUAACCAGAUGCAAAAAUUAAAAGGAAAUAGGAAAAAAAAAACACCCUCAAACCAGCAAGGCAUAUUAGAAUAAAUGUACAGUAUAUAUAACACAAAAAAAGCCCAGUUCUUAAAAAGCAAAACAACCUUGACCUACGGAAUUAUUGAUUGGACUUUCCAUAGAUAGAUAGACCUGUUCAUAUGUAGAAAAAAACAUAUAACUAUAUCCAAAGUUUUAUUACUUCAUCUAGGACUAUUACUAUAUAAUUUUAAUGCUAUGUUAUUAAUACCACGGCUUCUGGUUGGGGAAUAGAAACUAAUAAGCAUACAUUUGGAUUUAAGUCACUAGUUAACUUACAUCUGACAUAGUUAUGAGACAGAAGGUCCAUCGGGAACUAAUUUUUUAAUAUCUUUGGACAAAGGCAUUACCUUGGAUGUGAAAGAUAUGAUACAUUUCUCUGUGAUUAAUUCAGUGACAAUAAGAUAGUCAAUUUUGUAGUGGAUCUUCACUAAGAAUCCUGGUGAAUACAAGAAACAUAUCAUGGACCCGAUGAACUCCCCAAACCUUAUCAUCCCACAUAUCAAAAGCUGUUCUUAAGAGUUUUGAAAUCUGGUCAAGUGGACUUCUUCAUCAAAUCUAAUUUAAUCCUGAAGUGGCAGAUUUUGAGGAAAAAGAAAAUACUAAAUGAUGAUUUUGGAAUCUAACAAAAAAAAAAACAAUACAACAUGGCCUUCAGUGUUCAUUCACAUACUGUAUAUCCCUGGAUUAUUUCAAGUUUCAGUGCAUUCUGAAAACAUUAAAUAAUUGAUGUGAGAUAUAAUCAACACAGUUACGCUUUUUCUUGAAAUGUUCAGAAUGUUUGUAAAUAUAAGCCUAGAUGAUGCAGACCUUACACCUCAUAUUGAGGCUAAAGAAAGUCAUAAAAUUAAGCUUGUCUCAAAUAGCUUAAUAUUUAACAUGAAUUUAGUAUUUCUUUACCAGAGCAUUAAGGAUUUUAUUAUCAAGAUUAUUUUGUGCUGAAAGGGUCUGAAAAACCGUAUCUUUUUGUCUGCUAGAAACCUCAGGGGAUGUUUAUUUCUUAGCUUAGAUGCUUUUUUUUUUUUCAGGCAAAGAAAUCUACAUUCAGUUUGAAUGGUUUAUUUAGGGCAGAAUGGCUUCCUUGUGCUAAUCAUGAACUAGUCCUGGAAGCCUUUCAUAUUAGUCAACAGACAUCUCUUCAGCAUGCAUUAGAAAGCCUCCUUUCCUGUAAUUCCACGCAGCAAGUGAAGGUUGCCAGGGCUUGGUUCAAAAUAAACAAUAGGGACCCGAAGGCUGAAGGCAGAAAAGCCAUUUCCUGUGGCUUUAAAAUCUUAAAAUAUUCUUGUGACUUUAAAGUUGAUUGAAUAAAAGCAAAUUGGUACAAUA